GUAAACUUUGUGUUAGAGCACGUUUUAACUAGCACAGAAACAUGAUUCAAAUGGAAAAUGUAAACAGAUAUAAAGUGUAAAAGCUUAAACAAUAACUUAUAAAUUUAAAAGUAAUGAAAAGGUGAUCCAGUUCGUUUUGAUUUCUUCAACAUUCAUAGUCAAACUAUAAACUCAUUUUAUUAACCAGUCAAUGUAAUCGACCACAAAGAGAACAAGCUGAAUCACCUUGAAACUAACAUGAAAUACUGUUCCUUAAAUAACUCACUUAGAAAUAAAGUAUGCUUAAUUAAUAUUUCAAACAACCACACAAACAAUCUGAGACGUAAACUAUUUCGGAUCAGUUCCAUUUCAUUACUCAUCACAUCGCUUACAGUUACAUAUUACAUAUCAUGUGCAGCUUAUUACGAAUUUAUGUUCAAGGAAUUCAGUUUAGUAAAUAAUCGCAUAUGUCAAUACUUAUUCUCAAAGAACUUGAGUUGGCUGGAGUACAUGGUGGUGAGAAGUAUUCAAUCACCAUCAAACGGGGACUACUCAAAUUUGACGAACUCUCAUGCAUGCAGUGAAUUCAAGUUAUUUCGUGGUGAAGUUGUUCAGUCGACAGUGGAAGAAAAACAAUUCCCUCUUGCAUUCAGUUUAGCUAUUCAUGAGAAUAUUAAACAGGCAGCUCGUCUCCUUCGUCUAAUUUACAGAUCACAUAAUUUGUACUGUAUUCAUGUGGAUUCUAAAUCACCACAAGUUUUUUAUAAUGAGGUAAUGGAGUUGGCUAGAUGUUUCGGUUCGAAUGUGAUGGUGGUGAAUCGAUCGGAAAGUGUGGAUGUUCGGUGGGGAUAUUAUUCCAUACUGGAAGUGUUCCUUCUUUGUGCAAAGAAGUUGAUAAACAACAGUGAGAUUAAUUGGAGGUAUAUUCUGAAUGUGAGUGGUCAAGAACUACCACUUCGCACCAAUUGGGAAUUGGUUGCCUUAUUGAAAGCGAUAAAUGGGUCAAAUAUAGUCGAAAAUAUGGGACCUGGGCAUAAUCCAGAACGUUGGCCAAAUAAGAAUCUCACGUUCCCGAUCAUUUGGAGUAAAGGAAGCUUUUACAUGGCGUUAAGGCGCGAUUUUGUUGAUUUCUAUCAGAAUGAUCCAAAAGCAAACGAAUUACUUGACGCAAUGAAAGCAGAAGAACAUUUACCGAAGCAUCCGGAUGAGCUAUUUUUCUCUACAUUGAAUUACAAUCCAUUACUUGGAGCUCCUGGUGCUUGCAAAGAAGAAUAUCUUACAAGUGACUUUGAUAUACGAGCGAUGUACAUAGGGCGUUUUGUAAGGUGGGCCUAUAGAUCCUGUAGACGUGGAAAAAUUAGAAAUGGUAUAUGUCUUAUCGGUAUUUCCAUGCUUCCGAGUAUUCCAAAGCGAAUGGAACUUUUCGCCAACAAAUUUAGUGAAAAUUUUGAACCGAUCGCUUAUGACUGUACAGAGAAUUACAUCAUGGAAAAGGUUCUAGCAGAAAUGAGAACUAAUCAACUCAGUUCAAAUUUCAAUGUGAGCUUUUACUCACAACUCUAUUGUUCACAGGACCAUAUACACUGAAGAUUUACUAAAUGAGUCUAUGAGUUACUGGCUCACAAUAUUUGAAAUAUUUUUGUUGGAACACUGUAUGACCAAUCAUUCAUAUUUGAUUUCCUCUAUGUAAAUUCGUUUUCAUUUCGUUCACAAUACUAUUGUCUGUAUUGUUCUGCUCAUGUGAUUUAUUGUAUAUAUGUAUAGUUAUAUAUGGAAAAUAUUUGUCUAUCGGAGUACAGAAAAGAUUGCAUUACAAACAUGGAUCCGAAGAUAAAUAACAAAUGAGGUUACGUACUAAUCCAUAUAUUUUCCGUAUAUAACUGCAUAUACGAAUGUACAGUUCAAGUAAAUGAUUUCGUCGAAAAGAAAAUUUUCUUUGCUGAAUUCUCUUUUUCUUAUUCAA